AUGAAGCGUUCUCUUUUUCUUCGUAUUCAAUCUCAAGUUGAAGCUCAUGACUCUUACUUUGUCCAAAAAAGAAAUAGUGCCAACAAACUUGGUUUAUCUUCAUUACAAAAGAUAACUGCUGCACUUAGAAUGCUUGCGUAUGGAGUAUCGGGUGAUUUGAUAGAUGAAUAUAUGCGGAUUGGAGAAACUACUGCAUUAGAAAGUUUAAAAAAAUUUGUUACUGCGGUAAUUGAUGUUUUCUCUGAAGAAUACUUGAGAAAGCCAAACAAUGAAGACAUUGCUAGACUGUUAGCUCACGGCGAACGUCGAGAUUUUCCAAAGCGAUCUCAUGUAUUUAAUGAACUUGCUGAAGGACGUGCUCCUACAAUACAUUACUCAAUUAAUGGUCAUGACUACACUAUGGGAUAUUACCUUACUGAUGACAUAUAUCCAAAGUGGGCAACAUUUGUGAAAACAAUGCUAGCUCCACAAGGACAGAAGUAUAAAUUAUUUGCAGCAGCCCAAGAGGCGUAUAGGAAUGAUGUGGAGCGUGCAUUUGGAGUGCUUCAAGCACGUUUCGCAAUUGUCCGUGGACCUGCACGAUUUUUUCAUCUUGAAACACUCAAAAAGAUUAUGAAAGCGUACAUAAUUCUCCAUAAUAUGAUUGUUGAAGAUGAGCGGGAUGAUAAUGAAGUGGUAAAUUUGGAUUAUGAACAAAAUGAUGGAGUGGAUAAUCCUCCUUUGCAAAUGUUACGUGAACAAAGUGAUGAAUUUUUGUCAUACAUUGAGAGGCAUGGACGCAUUAGAGACCGAUAA